AUGGAAAACACGGUACCUCCAGGUACUGGAUCCUCCCAGGACACCCCCCCGUGGGCAUAUCAGUCCAGUUCCAGGCUCCUGCCCACGCAGGUGAAGGUCACCGCGACGGUGACGCCCGACCGCCUCAGUCAUCAAAUCGCCCCCAAGUACCCACCCGACGACGAAGGCUCUACCUGGUCUGCAGCCCACAAUGCUUCCGCGAGAUUCCUGCCUCCACUGCCAACCCCCCAAGCCGCGGACGUGGCUCCGGUCUCUUCCUAUCACAUUUGGAGGAAUGACCAUGUGGAUAUCUGCGACGAAUUCCUGCUCGGCCUCUGCCCUCGUUCUGACUCGUGCGGGAUGCACCACACGCCGUACCCAUUCUUCUGGCAACUGUAUAACAGCAUCACGGACAGCUGGGUGUUCCUCAAGUCCAGCGCCCAACGGCUACUGGAACGAAUGUACUGCAAUGUCAACCAGGAGACCGUCAUGCUCAAGCAUGGCCGCGUUGUUUUCACCCUGAAUCUGGAAGACAUGGAGAUCGUGGAUUACUACGUCUACACUUCUGCCAGGCGACUGUACAACUCUGAGAAUCGGCUCUGGAACCCGUAUUUUCCCGCAGUGUGGCGAAUCUACUGGUGGGACGACUAUAAUGAUUGGGUGGAGUACAACGAGGAGGUGUCUGAACUACUCCGGGCCAAAAUGGCCACCAAGGAGGUGGAGUGCUCCUUCACGGUGGAUUCGCGAGUGUACAGGGUGGACUUCAUCACCAUGACGCAGUGCAACGUCCAGUCGGGCUUCGUUAGGGACAUCCGCAUUCGACCCUUAUAUCGUUCAAUCGCAAGCCUUCACCCGCACCUCAAGUUGAUGGCUCUUCAACACCUCAUAUACAGGACAGGAGGCCAGAUGGAGCCCCUCCAGGCUGUUGUCGAUCCCAAGUUCAGCAUGGUUCCGAUGGAAGACACGUUAAUAACCCCCUUUUGGCGUCUGGGUGUGGAGGCGGACAGUUGCCUAGUGGACGUUCCGGUCGGCACAGAGGCCUUCUUCAAAGUCCAGAAAUUUUUUUACGAUAGCCUGCCUGAGACUAAGGUGGAUAUCGUCGUCAUCCAGCAGGUCCAAAACUUCCUGCAUUGGGACAAUUACCAAAGGAAGAAGAAGUCCAUGGUGGCAAAGUACGCCGAUUUAGACGUCUGUGUGGAGCGUCACCUUUUCCACGGUACUUCCAUGGAGGCGGCUGAGAGCAUUUGCCGCAACAACUUCGACCCACGCGUGACCCGCACCGACGGAAGGUCCUUGGGUUAUGUUACUUACUUCUCACCCUCUGCCAGUGUGUCCCACGUGUUUGCUGUCAGGACGCCGCCCGACGGGCUGCGCCACAUGUUCCUGGCCAAAGUCCUUGUGGGGAGGGUGUACUACCACCACACCCCGCCCCCGCCCGAGUGCAUAAUAGAUUUCUACGACACCUGCGUGAACUGCGAGUCCAAUCCAACUAAGUUUGCCAUUUACAACAGCAGCCAGUGUUACCCGUCCUACCUCAUCAGGUACAAAGAUCUGGAUGGCAUUGUCGAGCUCUGA